AUGAGGAGUACAUUGGAGGAGGCGAUUGUGGAAACGCGCAGUACGCCUCUCGAAAAUCGCCCGCGACUUCCCCGCUUAGCCCUAAGCAAGCGGAAUCGGGCUGUCGUGAGGGCUCUGAACCCAAUGCUGGUUACUUACUUGGAAGCCAGCCGGGACCUUUGCGAGACGGACUCAAUUCUUUUUGGCGCCGCACUGGCAGUCUGCCGUAUUAUAGGCGCCAAACUUUCCACGGCUGGACGCGCUACUGGACAAAGUAGUGCUAUCCCAGCCUGGAGAAUAAGAAUUGAAGAACGUAUCGCAAGGGCUAGGGCCCUCAUCGGCAGACUGAUACGCUUCAGGUCAGGCAAUACCAGACCAAGGAUUGUGCGCACCGUCAGGAUGGCGCUUGCUGGGACAAAUGUUAGUUUGUCCCAGCCGGAUAUAACGCAAAAACUGACGGAGCGCAUGUCUAUGCGCUGCGUCAGGUUUUCGACGUGA